UUUUACACAAAAAAUUAUGCGGGGCGUCAACUUUUCUCACACAUACCAAGGAACUAAGGCAUUGUGUCCUUUAUUGUAUUCUUCUCUUCACCAUCCUGUCUUACAGUCACAUGCUAGAUGUUACAGGAGGCCUGGCACUUCUCCUGAUCAUAUACCUUUUUGGAAAAAAACACAUUUCAGCCCCAAAAAUGCAGCUGAAAGUGUGAAGAAAAAUAUAAAUCUUAUGUUUAAGGAGAUAGGAGACCAUCUUCGAGGUCCAGGGGGAAAACCUUUAGAGGAGGCCCUUGUGGAACGAACAACGGUGUUGUGGAAUUUUCGAAGUCCUGAAGACCUGCAGAAAUGGAUAGUGUCAACUGACAUGGAGAUUGGUGGUAAAAGCCAGGCUUCCCUGAACCUGGGGAGAAAUAACCAAACUGCACUCUUUUCUGGAGUUCUUAAUUCCGAAGUACCCCGUGAUGGAGAAACAACGUCCAGUGGGUUCUGCACUUUGAGGGCAAGGCCUCGUAAGGGAGCAUUUGGGCGUACACUCCACAACGACUGGUCUAAUUUUAAUACGCUACACUUGCGGAUUCGAGGGGAUGGACGGCCCUGGAUGGUGAAUAUACAGUCUGAGACCUAUUUUUCACUUCAGUGGGAUGAUUUGUAUCAUUAUUUCCUAUACACACGUGGAGGUCCCUACUGGCAGGAUGUUAAGAUUCCUUUGUCUAAGUUCUUCAUGAGCAGCCGUGGCAGAGUCCAGGAUGGCCAGUAUCCUCUAUGGCCAGAUAAGGUAACUACUCUGGGAUUCACAAUUGCUGACAGGGCAGAUGGACCUUUUCAGCUUGAAAUAGAUUUUAUUGGACUGUAUAAUGAUCAAGCACAUACAGAGGAGUUUGCAUACGAGUUGUACCCACAUACACCGAUGUAGA